CUCGCUGGCGCAUGCUCAGAAGCAGCGGAGUGAACGUCACGCGCAUGCGCAGAUGGACCGGCGCGCUGUUACUUUACAUUGAGAUCAACAAGCAGGUUGUGCAGUGCGAGUGUUUCACCUGUCAGAGCAGCAGCAGUGCGAUCCCAGCUUUCUCACUCUCCUCCUCUGAUCCUCAUACAAAGGCCAGAUUACACACCAAAGAGGAAAGACACACAGAUGAAAAGGGAGAGUGUAACCAGCUGCUCUAUCUAAGGAUAUUUCUCUAUACUGCCAAGGUGUAUGUGGGACCGUCAUCAUGAGUUUUCUGUUUGCUCCUUGCAGACCUUGCUCCCCUAAACCUUUCCAGAUCCUCCUUAUCUCGGUCACCUGGCUUUGCAGCUCAGCACGUACAUCAGUAGAAAGCCGGCCUCCUGGUUUAACCUUUUUUUUUGGGACUAAAACCAGGUAUGAAGAAGUCAACCCAUUUCUCCAGGAGAACCCUCUGCUGGUCACUGGGAAGCAGGACCUCCUGCCCAACACAUGUACCCCCCUCAAAAUAGUGUCUGUGAUCAGACACGGCACCCGGUAUCCCACCCACAAACAGAUCAAGAAGAUGAAGAAGAUGCACGACUUGAUUCUGAAGCAGAAGGGCAUCGGGUCUGAAUUGGUGGAGAGACUGCAGCAGUGGGAGAUGUGGUAUGAGGACUGGAUGGACGGACAGUUGGUGAAGAAAGGAGAGCAGGACAUGAGGAACCUGGCCUAUAGGUUGGCCUCGUUGUUCCCCUCACUCUUCACAGAGGAGAGACUAAAGCAGAGCAAAAUGACCUUCACCACAAGCUCCAAGCACAGAUGUGUCGACAGCACAAAAUCCUUUAUCAGUGGCCUUGUGCAUGACUACUUCCGCUUCCCUCAGACUCCUGAGAGUGGAUUAAAAGAUCUCCCUGGCAUGGAGCCCGUCAUCAACGACACUUUGAUGCGUUUCUUCGAUCACUGCCCUAAGUUUCUGGUUGAGGUGGAAGACAACGACACGGCGCUGCAUGAAGUGGAUAAGUUCAAACAAAGCCCAGAGAUGAAGAAAGUGAUUCAGAAAAUCUCCACUCUUUUGGAUGUGCCGGAACAAGAGCUCUCCGCAGAUUUGAUCCAAAUGGCCUUUUUUAUCUGCUCGUUUGAACUGGCCAUUAAGAAUAUUGUCAAUUCUCCUUGGUGCAGCCUGUUUGAUGAAGAAGAUGCCAGGGUCUUAGAAUACCUCAAUGAUUUGAAACAGUAUUGGAAACGCGGCUACGGGUAUGAUAUUAACAGCCGGUCCAGCUGUCACUUGUUCCAGCACAUCUUCCAACACUUAGAGAUUGCAGUCACAGAAAGCAAAAGCUCCCAGCAGGUCUCCAUUCCCGUUGUUAUGCAGUUUGGCCACGCCGAGACCCUCUUGCCAUUGCUCGCUCUCAUGGGUCUGUUUAAGGACGAGACACCCCUGACGGCAGAGAACUUUAUUAGCCAGACUGAGCGGAAGUUCCGGAGUGGGCACAUCGUUCCGUAUGCCUCUAACUUGGCCUUCGUGCUGUAUCGGUGUGACAUGGCCGAGACCCAGAGAGAGAAGUACCAGGUGCAGCUUCUGCUCAAUGAGCAGCUCCUUCAUUUCCCACAUUCCCACUCUUCCCUCUGUCUGUUUGAGGAGAUGAAAGAGCAGUAUGGCCACCUCCUGGACGGCUGCGCUAUCUCUACGGAAUGUGCAAUAGUCAAAACCAAUCGCUCCUCUGAGGAUGAGCUUUAAAAUCAUCAAACCGUCUGCAGGGGCGGAACAUGACAGGGGCAUGGCCACUGACUUUGUUUCUGUUUCAGGAUUGGGCAGCCUUUGGCUCCUCUAGAUGUUUAAUCAACCACAACUCCUUGCGACCCUGACCGUUGUAGUUGAGAAACAUCUGGAGGCACCACAGGUUACCGGCAUUACAAAUAUUAUUCUGCUAAUCAAUUUAAGGCAUCAUAGCCAAAAAAAGGGGUAAUUUUAAAAUGAUAUUCAUUUUAAAAAUAAUAAAGACACUAUUUCUUGUUACUAUAAAGUAGGGAUGCACCGAAUCCAUCAUUUGCUUUGGGAUUUGGCCAAGAUUCAGCCUUU